UCUUUCGAGUUCUGAAGUUUUCUGAAAAAAAAAGUUAACUAAAUUUCGGAGAUGAUCCAACGGUUAGAAAUCAACGGCGUGUGUUUUAGUUCCAUAUAUUAUGGGGAAGUCUACAAAGUGGUUGAAGAAUGUAUUGCUUGGAAAAAAAACAUCUAAAUCUAGUGGUUCCAAAGGAAAAGAGAGAGUUGUGAGUGGAAAUGAGGUACUGGUUACUUCAAAGGUAGAAGAAUCUGAUGUGGUAUCAGAUCUUCCUUCUUUCGCAGUUGCAGAGACCAAUACAGUUGAUAGAAGCACUGGUACAUUAGAGACGCAAAAUGUAGAACCUGAAGAGGUCUCAGAUGAUGAAAUAGAGCUUCCUGAGGGAAAACCAAUAGAUUCUCAGAAUGUUGCACCAGUUCAGGAUAAUUCACUAUCUGAUGCAGAGAGAAUCCAACGAGAGAUUGCAGCAACGUCUGUGCAGGCUGCGUUUAGAGGUUACUUGGCUCGGCGUGCUUUUUGGGCACUCAAAGGCAUAAUAAGGCUACAAGCACUUAUCCGUGGUCACCUGGUUAGGAGACAAGCUGUUGCAACUCUUUUCUCUGUCAUGGGAAUUGUCAGGUUGCAAGCAUUUGCUCGAGGAAGAGAGAUCAGGAAGUCUGACAUUGGAGUUCAAGUUCCCUUGCUAAGUGGGAACAACAAGCUUGCAAAUCCUACAGAUGCUUACCUUGGAAUCAAGAAACUAACAGCCAAUGCUUUUGCUCUGAAGCUUCUCGCUUCAUCACCAAAAGUGAUACCUGUACACGCCUAUGAUACAUCCGAUCCAAACUCAAACUUGAUCUGGUUAGAGAACUGGUCAGCCUCAUGCUUCUGGAAACCAGUUCCUCAACCAAAGAAAACGAUAAGCAGAAAACCUCAGAACAAGCUUUUAGUCGAGGCUGAAUCUGCUAAACCCAAGAAGAGUGUCCGUAAAGUUCCUGCUGCAAACUUUGAAAGUUCCUCAGUACAGACAUCUUUUGAGUUUGAGAAACCCAAACGCAGUUUCCGGAAAGUUUCAAGCCAGUCAAUAGAGCCACCUGCUGUCGAAGAUCCUCAGAUUGAACUUGAAAAAGUUAAACGUAGCUUGAGGAAGGUACAUAAUCCUGUAGUUGAGAGCUCUAUCCAACCUCAACGAUCCCCUCGUAAGGAAGUCGUGAAGCCAAAGCUUGGCAUUGAGAAGACAACGGAAACAUCAUAUCCGUUGGUUCAUGAAACUGCAGAAGAACCUGUUAAUGUUUGUGACGAAAAGAAAAAGCAAGAAAUGCCUGAACAGCCUGAGGAGUUACAUAUUCUUGAUAUGGAAGUACAUACUCCUGGACCAUUAGAAACCAAUGAAGCGCUUGAUUCCUCACUGGUCAAUCAAAUUGACAGCAACGAAAAAGCCAUGGUUGAGGAAGAACCCUCAAUGGAAAAGGAUACUAAAGAAGAAAAGACUCCCAAACCAAACAAUAAAGAGAAUUCCGCUGGGAAGGAGAACCAGAAAUCCAGGAAAAAGGGUUCAGCUAUUAGCAAGACCGAGCGUGAAGAGAGUAAUGGGCAUCAUCAGACUAGCCCAUCAAUCCCAAGCUAUAUGCAAGCAACUAAAUCGGCGAAAGCAAAGCUGAGGAUGCAAGGCUCACCAAAGUCUGCUGAGCCAGAUGGGACUGAGAAAACCAGUGCUCCCAGACGUCACUCUCUACCAUCUCCAGGUAAUGGCAGGAUCACCUCUCAAUCUCCAAGAACAACGAGACUCGCAAACUCAGGUGACAAAACCAGGAAUAAGAAGGAGAAACCUCUUCUGUCGUCCCAAGAAGGAAACGCCAAGACAACCCCGACAGAGCGGAAGAGGUGAUUGAUUCCUGCAGGAAGUUGAAGCCUUUAUCGUUCUUGAUUCUAUAGUAGCGACAAUACCAAACAUGAAGAAUGCGACCAUCUUAUCUUUUUAAAAGCUAGAUUAUGAGUCUGUGAUUGUGUUUUGUGUGUGUUUAUGUUGGCCAAGUGUUAUCGUUGGCAGCUAAGUUUCUGCAAUUGUGAGUGUGUCCCGAGCUGAUAAUGUU